GCUGAGACCAACUUAGCCUCUCUUAGCGGAAAAAAAGAUGGGAUCUUUGUUGAUCCCCGUAGUUUUUGCGGUUUUCUUCGCUGGCAGAAGUGUAAGUGGCCUUUUUGAAAAUGAGGCAAAAAUUCUUAGUGAUUUUAAGGCAAAAUACAACAACAGUCAGUCGGACAUAAUUUUCUUAAUGGAUGUAUCUGGCAGUGUCAGCGACUAUGGCUUUGCGUCAGAGAAGAUGUUUGUCGAGAAUCUCCUCAAUGAAUUCAGUGUUGCUCCUUACUCGACGAGAGUAGCGGUAAUAACAUUCGGCAGAUAUAUUCAGACUAAUAUCAACUACAUUGAUAUCGAUCCGUUAUCACUUACACAUCAAAAGUGCGAGUUCAAGCCCUUCUUCCAGUACAAUGUUGUCCACCGAUAUGGCUGGGCAACUAAUAUGAAAGAAGCCUUCUCCACGAGCUCCAGCCUCCUGCAAACCGCCAUCAACAACAACCACAAAAGAUUGAAUGUGCACACAGUCGCCAUGUUGAUCACCGACGGUUAUUGGAAUUAUGGGGACCCAAGGGAUAACGCUAACAUACUGAAAAAUAACUAUAAUGUGGAUCUCUUCGCAGUAGGUGUAGAUGGUUAUAGUGAUUGGCAGUUGAAAGCACUAGCGACCAGUAGUGACCAUGUUCUCGAGUUUGCAACUUUUACGAACUUCCGAGAACUUGCAUUGUAUAUCAGAGGAGGUAGGAAAUGUUACUAAUACAUUUUAAAAAUACUCGGCGUAUAUUGUGUUCCCCUUUCUCUAACGUUACGUCAAUUCGCAUCGUUAGUUGUGAAAUAUUGUUAAUAAAAGCUUUUACAGAUUAUUUAUUCAAGAUUAUUUUGUUCCAUGCCAUUUUAUUUUAUUUUAUUUCAUUUCAUACCAAUAAAACACCUACCCUUGAAAGGUAUUGCGUUCAGUUAGAACAUAAAAAUCAGUUGAUUUUUUCGUCGACAUUCAAUGAAAAGCAGCCCACCAACAUUUUUUUUAUUUCAACACAGGUAAAAUUUGCCUAAGAGUAGGUCUGCGUACGCAUCGGUUUCCGUGUCAAAGUAUUGUAAUAAAGUAAGCCUUUGAGGAUGCUAAAAUGGAUUCACUCUAAACGAUGGGGCCUAAACCGAAUUCCUCUGUCAGUAAUUGGUAUACGGUAAGCAAAGGAAGAUUCAGGAAUGUAUCUCGGUUAAGCACUCAAAAGUUAAAAAAACUGAAACGCAUCCCUGGAAACUGUGUCAUAAAAAGAUCUUUACUGUUUAAAAGGCAUAUGAAUUCAUGUUCUAAUUAACCACAUUCAUCUUUCUUUUUUCGCCAAAAAAUAACUGUAUUUGAAAAAAGAGUAUUUAUUUAUUAUUACUAUCAUUAUUUUUACAAUUGAUUUAGUUUUUGUGUGCGAUAGUAGUUUACUAGUUGGCGUUAACUUAGGGUCUUUUUUAAGCAAUUUUUUUAAGCAAUGUUAAGAUUUUCUUUCUUAAACAUUUUGUUCUAUUUGAUGUGUUGGUGUUUUAUAUAGAUUUCCUUAAUACUAUAAAAUACAUGGUAUUUUAUUAAACGCUUUUUAAGUAUUUUUCGAUAAGAGGUAAGAGACUGAACAACUAUAACAGAAUAUGGUACUAGAUGGAUGUAAACAAACUAUAAAUGUCUUUUAAAAUGGCUCAAAAUAGCCGUCUGUACACAGGCUAGCUCAAAAUAACUAUAACAACCUUUUAAAGACUUUUUAGUUCCAUCAAACCGACUUUUAAAUCGGUUUGAAAAAUUGUAGAUCAAACAUUGACAGAUUCAUAUCUCAUAAGGCACAACAAAAGCUGUUAUCGUUUUAAGUUCAAACAAAUCUAUUGAGAAAGGGCUGAAAAAGUGGCUCCUCUAGAAAUACAAAACAAAAAUCACGCAGGGUCUGUAAGUGUACGGAGUGGCACGUAAAGAGAUUAAAUUACAGGGAUUUUUUUCAAGUUUUGAAAAGUUGCAAUUUGGUUUUGCUACAAAUACUAUAAAAAUAUUUUUUUACCCUUUUGUGUGAAAAACACAAUUUUUUUUUUAGAAAUACUGAUUAACAUUACAAUUCUGAUGGAGGCUUCAAUUAUUUCCUUGUUUAUUAGGUAGCCAAUAAAGAAUUUUAAAACCAAAGACGUUUUUGAACGACACACGUUAACCGAAAGUGAGUAGUUUUCCCUCGCAACAAGACAUGACGCUACCAAUUUUGUAUUCUCAGCUGCUUUUUUUUUUUUUUUCUCAUACAGACGAUUUACCCAAAAAUGUGGUCAACAUCAUGCCCCAAGAUUGCAAAAAUCUUCUUCCGGUUGACGUGCGUCGCUCAAAAAUGUCGUUGCUUCAACUCCCUAAUAACAAAUUUGUGAUCCAAGAAAAAACGAAAAAGUUGUACCUUUUUUCUUCCUUGUCUUACUUGGGUAUUUGCUAUUUUCCUUUUCCCAGAUGCCCACGAUAACAUUUUUAUGCCAGUGACGAGCAGCAAAUGCACUACGGCCAAUGGCUGUGAUAUUAAUGCUUUCUGUGCCUGCGGUACGGUCAGUGGAAUAUACCAGUGCGUCUGCAAACAAGGGUAUUAUGGUGCUGGAACCCCUGGACAUUGCUAUCGUAAGUUAUCGCAAUCAGGUCCAGAGAAAUUGAGGAUAUAUGGUCAGAACCUUGUAUGAGGGGUUGGGGGAAGGAGAUUUGCUUGUGCUAUUCAGUCAAAAACAGUAAGAAAUGCAAAUUUGUCCCAAGAGUCUUUCUAAUGACUUUGCUUUAGCUUUGGCCUGUGCCAGUCUCUCACAUACUUGGGAGGUCACAAAAACAUUCAGCCAGGCGAGAAUAUUGUUGUGGGGAGGCCAAGCUGAGAUGGAAAGAAAUCCCGGGUAAAAGGAUUUCACUUGGUUUGGUUUGGCAAAUAGGUCAACUUUUUUUCUAACAUAAACGCUCGCUAGUGUUGACAACUUUUUUCAAUAUAAACAGGCCCUAAGACCACCUGUCCGUGUGUGAAUAACCGAUAAAUCCCGUGUUUUGUAAUCGCUUUAAUACCAAGUACAUGAAAAAACAGGUGCAUGCCAAAAAAAAUACAAGUAACGUGCGAUUUUCUUCUACACUAAAGGUGAUGUUACACGGGACGAUUCGCAAUUUUUAGCGCAACACAGCAAUGCAAUGCUGGAACAGUGUUGCAACUAUUCGAAACAAUGUUGCAACAAUGUUGCAACGCUGUGUUGCGCUAAAAAUCGUCGUUGCGAAUCGCUCGUGUAACCUCACCUUAAUAGUGUAUACUGUCAUACAAAGUUGAAGAGACAUUUUUCUGCAUUACAUGAAUACCUCCUUAAAUGUAAGAAAGGCGUAUGACUUAGUUUAAAGGCCGAUUUAGACGGCACGAUCAUUUGCUUUCGACUAUCGUGUGCAACUAGCAUACGUCAUGACUUCACGACAGAUCGUGUUGUGUGAAUUAGACACACGACAUUCGUACGACACAUGUGGAUUUCGUAAGUGAAAAUUGUGCGCGUGUGGAUGGUCGAAAGUCAUGGCGUAUGCUAGUCGCGCACGAUGGUCGUAAGCAAAUGACCGUGCCGUCUAAAUCGGCCUUAAAGGUGAUGUUACUCGAGACGAUUCGCAACGAAGAUUUUUAGUGCAACACAGCGUUGCAACAUUGUUUCGAAUGGUUCCAACAUUCUUCCAACAUAGCAACGUUGCGUUGCGCUAGAAAUCGUCAUUGCGAAUUGUCCCGUGUAACAUCACCUUAUGCAAGAGAGAAUAAUGGGAGGGAUAGGGAAACAGCCCUUGGGAUAUCAGUUAAUUUUACCAAAGUUAUUUUUAGACCAAUUAUAAGUUUAAAAUUUAUCGGAAGUUGAUUUCCGGAGAGGUCCGCAAACUUGUAUUUAGAUGUUGUCAAGUCUUCCUUUAAGCGAAUGUGAUGUUAAAACACAAAUGUAUACAAAUUAUGUUCAUGUCAACUCCUUUCUUGUUUUAAUUAUUCCUUAGCCUGCAUCCGCGGCACGUACAAAACGUGGGCGACUCCAAGUCAGUGUACUGCAUGUCCUGAGAAUUCCACCACAGUUAAUAGUGGUAGCACUCUAAUAGAUGAGUGCAAUUGCUGGACUGGAUACGAGGGGAAUCCAAAGACUGGCGUCGCUUGCACACGUAAUUAUCUUAUGUACCUUUUAACUGCCACUUGUAAGCUCUGGGUUUAUACAUCUUCGUUAGGGGUUUUCGGAGGGCAUAUAACCUUUCAGUAAAAUCCAACCAGUGGUCUUUUAUCAAUGCUGCGUUCUGAUUGGUUGAGCUACUACUAGGCUAUAUGUUAUAGCCCACUAGUAGCGAAAGCGCCGGCUUUGAAAACCAAAAUAAUGGCGGCUGAAUCGUGUUUUGCUAGCUAAAGUUGUUUUCUUGCUAUUUUUUUGACCAACUAGUUGGAUUUUACAAAAACAAUUAUUCCUCUCGCCUUUAUGGCCACUGAGUCAAUAGCCCAUGAGGCGGAACUCGAAGGCCGAGUGCUUGGAAUCAAUGUAUAGCACUGCUGAUCAAAAUACGCUUUUUGAAAGACGUCAAAAUAAAUCAAUUUCAUUUGAGUACAUUUGGCUUGUAAUCAGAUGUAUUAUUUUUGUUCACAGGUUGAUGGGCCUAAACUUGAUGGGGGAGGCUAACAAGUUCGGGGGCUUAUAAACCAUUGUUUACGCUAGGCCAAAAAAAUGGAAUUUGUUUAGUGUUUAUAAGCGUAUUUUUUUUUAUUUCAUUCAUUCAUUUAUUAAUAAAUAAAUUUAUUUAUUUAUUUUUAGAAUGAAUGAGUGUUGGGUCAGUUCAUUACUGUUUGUCUUACAAGUUUUUGAUCCGGCACAAGAGACCAUUUCUUGUUUAUGUGUUCGUUCAUUAAUUCCACUGAGGCACGCGCUGUUUUACCUUUGUAAUUCACACGGUGAACGCGUAUAUAUCGUGUUAAUAAUCAGUAACCUGGAUCUAGCAGCGGCUUAUGCACUAAUUUCCCCAAAACCCGAUAUUUAAAAUGUAUUUAAACGCACGGGAUUCUUUCUCCGAGAUCGACUGUACUGACUGUUGGCGAGACUGUAAAUUUUUCAUUUUCAUGCAAAUAAAAUUCAUGAACGUGAGGAUUUUUGGAACUAGGAAGUGGCCAAUUGUAAACAAUUAUUGGAUGAGUUUUUUGUGAUACCUAGAAUAAUCAAGGUCUCGGUAAGUGAGACACCUUGAUUACUUAGGAUAUCACAAAAACUGAAAGUAAUAAUUGUUUUUAUUAUACAUUGUUUUGAAGAAAAUAACGACAAACAAACCUUCGCAAGGAACAUGAUUUGAUAUUGUUAUUGGAAACCAUGCUUUGCGAGCACAACCUACAGGUUAGUCAAUUAUCUGCUAGCAGAUAACUAACAAAUCUGUAGGUUGCGCUGCAUUUACAGUAUUAACUGUAGGCUCUUAGCCAAUGAGAAAACAGAUAGUGAGUACAGUGUAUAAUAAUGAGCGUAAUUUGCCAUCCAUAAUAUUAUUAGAAUUUAGACAAAAUGUACCUGAAAUUAUUGCCUAAUUUCACUUUUCACCAUAUGAUUACACAUACUAAUAUUGUUCAUUGCUCCUAAUUUGUAUAGGUAAUAGCAUGAUUAGUCGUGAUAUUUAGCAUAAAUACCAUGAGUGAUAUUUCAAAACUGUUAUACGUAAUUAUAGUGAAAUUUGAGACAAAUUGAAACAUCACGAGUGGUAUUUAUGCCAAAUAUCACGUACAAAUCAUGCUAUAAUUUGUUUAUACUACUACCCGCAUAAGGUUUGAAAUUUUCACAUGUAGGUAUUUCAAAUUAAGCUGAAAUAGUACUGCUCUAAGCCAAUCAAAUUGCAGAAAUUUCUCGUGAUAUACAACAACUGCAUUGGCUUAGAGCAGAGGUAUUUCAGCUUAAUUUAAAAUACCUACAUGUGGAAAUUACAAACCUUUUGCGGGUAGUAGUAUAAACAAACAGUAGCAUGAUUUGUACAUGAUAUUUGGCAUAAGUACCACUCGUGAUAUUUAAAAAUUGUCACAAAUUUCACUCGCCUAACGACUCGUGAAAUUACGUAUAACAAAUUCGAAAUAUCACUCGUGGUAUUUAUGCCAAAUAUCGCUACAAAUCAUGCUAUUACCUAUACUAAUAGUAUAACACAUACUAAUAUUGUUCAUUGCUCUUAAUUUAAGACAUGACUGUGAUUUUCUAUUUGUAAUAAAGCUGUCCAGUGUGAACAACUAGCGGCUCCAGCAAACGGCGCUUUCAGGGCUGCCUGUGGAAAUACUUUCUCCAGUGUCUGUGAAUUCCAGUGCAAUGAUGGUUACAAUCUAGAAGGUUCAAGCACUCGAACAUGUCAAAGUAACAAGGCUUGGAGCGGCACACCAGCACGGUGUGAGAGUGAGUACUGAUUUCGUUCGAUCGAAAAUCCUUUCCUUAGCUUAGCCUGAUUUUCGCCAAUUAUUUCAUCAGAACAGGUGAUGUUACUCUAGAUUUCACAUCGUUUACUAGGAAUUUGUGGGUUCUAGUUUUUUGCGAUUAAUUUAACAUUCUUAUGUAUGAACUGGCUAGCGGGCAAUUCUGCCUGUCAGCCCGCGGGAUAGCAAGGAUGAAACGCGAAUAAUUUAACAUGUACUUUGAUCAAGAGAGGACAGAUAAUGAAUUACGGGUGUUUCUAUUUGAGGGUCUGGUUGCCUUGUUCACUUGCAAUUACCCGGAUUUGGUGAAUCAACGAUCGUGUCAUUAGACUCUGAUACCAUGUUUGGUUUUCAUCAGGAAAACUUCGCAUUCGGCACCUCCAUACCACUCCACUGCCCUAAAUUUCGCCCCAUGUAAUUCGCCCCAUUUGGCACUUCCCCAUGCAAAGUAAUCUGGAUUCCAAAAUCCGAAAUUUUUGCUUGUGGAAUCUAGAAUUCCGGGCUUUGAAUAACGUGGAAUUGAGCGCAAGCAUUCUGGAAUCCCGCUAACGAUUGGAAUCCGUAAUACAAGCUCCUACUGACAAGGAAUGUGGAAUCCGGUCAGGAAAUUAAGAAAAAGCGUGAAAUCCAGAAUCUUGGAUUACCUUGUGUGGGGCGCCUGAGUGGAUCAGUUUUGCAAGCUUUAAAGGGAAAAACGUUUAAAGCGAUCUCAACAGUAUGUUUUACGCUUUGUUGCAGUCAUUACCUGUGCAGUGUUGCCACAGCAGGCCCAUGGUACUAAGACAUGCACAGGGAAGGGGUCCGAAUACAAUGAUCAGUGUACUUUCACUUGCGAUGUGGGCUACGAAAGGAAGGGCAGCUCUGUAAGAACAUGUCAAGCCGAUGGCCAAUGGUCAGGAACUCAAGCCACUUGCGAAGGUACAUUUGAGAUAGUACUGAGGUCUUUUGCACACGACCGAGUUAUGUUGAGUGGCUAUGAAACUUCUCAGAUGAUCUCCAGUCACAUAAUAUACAACAAUCACAGUUCAUUCCUAGCUUUAUAUAGCAGCUGUAAAGGCGUAAAAAUUGAGAAGUUUGGCAUCUUAUUGAACCCGACAGUGGUUUCUCAAAUAUAAGAAAAGAUCAUGUUUAAACUAAAGCAGGUUGCUGAUAUUCUUCUUGGAAAAAAACCUUUCUUGGGAGCAACCAAUAUAUUAAUUUAAACCUCGGAUCUUGUGGAUUUGUUACACUAAACGAAAAGAAAAAAAUUAAAAAUUAACUCUAUAUUUUGAUAGCACCAUUCUCGGUACCGAAAAAGAUAAAAGAUGUUUUUUUUCACAAGAAAACCCCUAGUAAUAAGCACUUUUUGGACUGCAUGCGCGCAUCUUUAGCUCUAUAAAAACUUUAAGUCCAGGUCUAGAUAUAAUUAAAUUAAUUCUCUCGGAAUUUCCUUUCUCAGUUUUUAUAUUUUUGCGAAAAAGGGCACACCGUUAAGGACUCAAGAAUACGGAUUUGAUAAUUAUUAGAAAAACACACAUAUCCUGUGAAAACUGAAGGGGAAGAGCUCCUCCAUACGUAAAAAAGGCACUUACACAAGGUAUCAUGAUUAAUGGUUUGCGUUUGCUGAUUUUGCAGCCCGUCAGUGCCCCGCCUUACGUUCACUGGCAUUUGGCACAGUAGAACCCGUCGAUUGUGUAACGACUCCACAGCCCUACCAGCGAGGAUGCGUUAUGAGAUGUGUUGUUGGUUAUGUCAUGACUGGAGAUAGUCCUUUGACCUGUGGCGCCGAUGGCACGUGGCAAGGAACGUUUCCAUCCUGCAAUGGUACUACUUUUUCUUUUGUAGUGUACAAUAAUGCUUAAUUCCCCAACAGGCCCCUUCAAAGUUAAACGAUCACACGCAAACUGGUGUUUUGGCACAGAGAGAAGUUUAUUGUAAAGAAAACUGACAGUCAAACAAGUGAUCGGCUCCUGUCAAACGAUGAGAAUAAUUAACUUUUCUGCCAUCGUCAUUCAGAACAAUCUAGGGUUGGUGGGUGGGAAAGCAAUCUGGUAGCACGCUCCACUAACAAACGACCAACAAAAUUAAGAAAUGGUAAACGUGCAGCGUGCAACCAUGGAGUUAUGGAUGCACGCGGGAGGUUGCUAAGAACGAAAGAAGCGUAAGAGUCGCACGAGGCGAUAGCCGAGUGCGACUCUAGCUUCUUGGGUGCUUAGCAAACCUCCCAAGUGCAUCCAUAACUCCAUGGUUGCACAGCUGCAACGUUUACCAUUUCUUUUAUAACAUAAUCAAAAGAGAAAAACAUUAUUUUCCAUUUGCCUUCGGUUCGAGUUCAUGAAUGCUGCCAUCUGUCCGCUCGUAAACAAAUCAUGUUCUAUGUUUUUCAAAAACUUGCCUCUGAGUUCUUCUUUCGCUGAAUCAACCGUUCUCCGUCUUAAUGUAAAUUGCAAAACGUUUUUCGGUGUUAUUCUCAUGGCAUCUGUCUAGUUGCUCUUAAUAUUAGGGUAAAAACUUUGAGGGAAAACUAUAGCUGCAACUUUAAACACCAACUAACACGACUCUUAAAAAUCAGCUAAAACUAAAUAAAUGAAAUAAUUAUCAAGCUUAUUUAUGUGACAAUUUUUGAAAUACACGUAAAGUACAAAUGAGAAAAUUCAACUGUAAUUCCUUUAGAAUAACAGGUAACACUAAUUGUAAAAAGAAAUUAACUAGCUUUGUAUCGAAAUCUGUCUGGGGAAAUCCAGCUAUGAAAGUCAAAGUUGAACGUGAAACUCGCCGACACACAGGCGGCGCUGAAGCUGUUGUUUUUCGACCGUUCUGAUCGACUGUUAUGAAUGAACACUGAGGAACAAAGUGAUACACACACAGGUUAUUUUUGAAAAAAUCUAUUUGAAAAUCCAAAUGUUUCUGUACUCAAAUGAAAUUCGCUUAUUCCAGCGUAAUGUGCCCGUUUAAACUCAACUAAAAUUUUAAUCGAUGCGACGAAAACUUCACAACAAAGCUGUCUCGAAUUUGAGCGUGUUUCCUAAAAUAAUUGCUUGAAUUUAGCAUCAGCUUGGCCAAAAAGUCAAUAACACAAUGCUAAUUGAUAAAUUUACAUUUCAAACAGACUUUCUCUUCUAUAAAAAACACACAAUAUGUACCUUAAAUCUUCGCUGGCUCGAUUUCCUUCAGCCGAUUCUAGCCGCAAGGAAAACAGUGAUUAAUUCAUCCAGGGCAAAUUUGUCGCUUGAUCUUUUGUAUUUUUUCCUUCAAAACGACAGCUUAGUAUUUUCUUCAACUUCCACUUUUCAUCUGUGCAUUUCAUCGGUGUAUUUUACCGUUGGGAGAGGAGAAUUGUUGAAUUUGCCUAAAUUUUACCGCGCUAGCUCAGUCUCUUGGCGUGCACCCACGGGCAAAUGGUAGUGGCUAACUGACCAAUCAGAGCGCGCGAUUUACUUUUGUUAUGUUAUAAAGAGUAAUAUGAUAAGCGACAAUCUUCUACCUAGUAGAAGGUGCCGUCGCAGAAUUACUCCCUUUAGGUCCGUCAAUGCCCAAAAAGGGCAAACUUGAUCACGUUGCUAGCUAUUCGUAGCAACUAAUUUAAAGGGGAUCCUGGUUUUGCCUGGUUUAUUAUAUUACUUAUACACCCAGUAAUGCACUGAUAACCAAAAGACUGUUUUUUUUUUGUUUUUUUUACUGCUAGAUGUAUAUAUCGCGACAGAAAACUAGUGAGAGCUAAAGCCACUAAACUAGGUUCGAAUUUAUAUACAUACUGCUAGGACUAGAAUAGACUGCUUGCAGUCCACCUUUUCUCUUAAAAUCCGUCUAGUCCUUAUGUCAUCCAGCGCGAUUGCAAACCACGACGUUAUUAUUAUAAUAAGGGAUUGAGACGAGACGAGAAAAGACGCUUUGCCGCUCGCAUGCUUAGGUUUCGCGUGCAGUAACUUUGCAAAGAAAAAUAAGAGACUGCUCGCCGUCUAGGACUAGAAUGUCGUUAUGUGCUUAUGCGGAAUGAUAGAAAUAUGAACUGUAGCUAAGUUUAAAAGCCUUUAGUAAAUUGCCUGUCAUCUAAUCUAUCCGUGCUUGUAUUUUCCUUUAGAUAACCAACCACCUCUAAUAACAUGCCCUGCCGAUAUAUAUAACGGAACAGACCCUGAGCGUCCAACAAGGACAGUAACUUGGAGCGAUCCAGUGGUCAGUGACAACUCAGAAUUGCACGAUCCAUUAGCCACACCAACUGUUGUAAAGUCGCUCAAUAUCGCCUCCCCUUACGACUUCCCCACCGGUACAACGCGUAUUACCUACACGGCCACAGACAAAAGCAACAACUCAGCAUCGUGCGUUUUUACCGUAACUAUUAUUGGUAAGUAAAAUCAGGGGCACCCAACGUCAAUUUUGGGAAAAUAUCUGUUCGGAAGACGAUUUGAGGUCUAGAAUUUUCGGAAUAUUUGUUGUAAAAUUUUUUGCUUGCCUGCCUCUUCUGGGAUUUUCGAACAUCUAAAAAAUGGUAUAAUUGCCCAUUUUCAACGGAUUUUUACCCUAAAAAGGUCACCUAGAAUUUUCGGGACCCUUUUUUCUGGCUGAAAUUUUCGAAAUGGUAAGUUUUGAUCCCUAUAAUUUUCAGAUCACUAGACUUUCAGCUAGGACAUCCGAACAGAUGAAAAAUUUUUAGGGGAUAAAAAUAUGCCUUUAUCUACCGUUUAAAUACUGAAAUACGUUCAACAAUGCCAUGUUUAAGUGUUUUGAACUAUAUUCUCGUUGGGUGCCCUUGUAAAAUUCACAUUUAUGUUAUCAUGCUUGCAUGUCGUAAGGUGUUAAUUUUGAAACCACGUUCGUGAAUUCAUUUUGAGACAGUAAUCAUCGAUUCUACUAAAGCGAGAAACUGUCUAUAAAAAAUGCUCUCAAAACAUUUGCUUCAGACUAAUAGUGUCGAAUCGGAUUUUCGUUUACACAUUGAAGCGACUUACCAAUUCCAGCUCAGGUGAAUUUUUCUAAUAGACUUGGCGAACUUGUUCAUGCAGCGAGACUGUAAAGAUGACCUUAAGUGCAUGGAUUACAAAAAGAAGUUAACGGCUUUACCUAUUAAGGUUGGCUUUACCUAAAUAAAAAACGUUUAUUGGUUAAACAAGGCAGGACGAGGCUGAAUCUAGAAUUGUGACGUAGAAAGACCUUACUGAUUUAAAUUGUAUCAACCUGCUUUUUAGUAAGUCGCUUGAAAGAGAGCAAAGAGUGUGACUUAAAUAUAUUUAGCCCUUCUUAUUUGAAAUGAAUGUCCAUACUUUCCAAUAAAUACAUACAUAUUUAUAAUUCUAGAUCUUCCAAAGCACUGUCAAAAAUAUUGUCGUAAACUUCGAUUGCAUUUAUUCCAGACGUUGAAAUCAAAUAUUCAUAUCGAAAUGUAAAGAAUAAGAGCGCGGGUCCUGGCUAGCAAACUACUCCAUUUUGUUUCACUAACUGAUAGUUUUAUCAUGCUUGAUGCAAAACUAUUGAAACCUCGAUCUUUUAUGUAAACGGAGACAGCUUACCGGGCCCGUUAAUUAUCGGGACUUUCGAGAAACGGGCCCCUGGAACCGGAUGAUCAGCGGUACCUCUGGAGAUGGAAACUGAUAAGUGGAAGCUUGUGAGCGGGAAGUCUUAAAUCAGUAAAUCCUUCCCCCUGUCAAAAGAUAUAGCCAAAAAACCAUUGUCCAAGCAUAAUCAAUUGCCCCAGGCCUCUUUAAAAAACUACUUCAGACCAAUUCAUCUCAUCAUGGAUCAAUUUAGGUUUCUAGGAAACUGCCCUCAUACCCCUCCCCUAAAUCAACAUUUUGCCCUAAACGAGAGGUAAGUGUAACUGUUGGCUUAGGAGAGGGGUAGGUGGGCAGUUUCCCAGAAACCUAAAUUGAUCCCACAUUCCUUCUUAAAGAGGCUGUGUCACGGGUGUCUAGUUUAUUUUAUUAGCAUUUGCACUUCCGCAUUUCCCAUAAUGCUCCUUAUUUGCCCCCCAAAAUUUUGCAUCAGCAUUGCUUUCAAUUUAUCUUGGGAAGGCUGUAAAACCUAGGACUAAUGAAAAACAAAGCUUAUGCACAAUUUUGGGGGGGAAAUAAGGUAUGUGGAGGUGGCGUAUACCUAAUAUUACCUGUCCUUGCUUGCUGUAGAGCUUGAGAAAUGACAAAAUUUCUGCUUUAUGUCAAACAAACAUGUCUCCCAAGAAUUAUAUCAAACGUUUCAAACAACAAAAAAUGAAUGUUGAAAAACUGUUAGAGGGUAACUCAACUUGCAAUCCAUUAAUUUGUUCUUCAGAUAAUGAACCUCCCAGAAUUUACUGUCCACAAAACCAGGAAGUUAAGAAAGAGAACAGCCAGCCAACCAUUAAGGUUUAUUGGGAUCCCCCAACAUACAGUGAUAACUCCGGCCAGGCGGUCACCAUAUUCACCGAGUCAAUCAACGGGUCUGACUUCAGAACAGGUCAACAUCAAGUGAAGUACGAUGCCACCGAUCACGUGGGAAACAAUGCCUCGUGCACAUUUAUUAUCGUUGUUUCGAGUAAGUAAACGAUGCUCAUAUUAUACUGCGCUUUUUCGUUUUUGCAGGAGAAGAAUAUGCUAAGGCUUUUUUAAAGCUCCAGAAGCUUCUUUUGUUUUGGUCAGUUUUGAAAACGAAAUGGUCGGUCAGCCUCUAUAUGGGUUAAGGCCGUGAAGAUUUACGUGUUUUGUGGCUAUGGCUAUAGCUACAGCUUAAUUCCCAAUUCCCUUGGAUUUGACCUUACUUUAAAUCAUUUUUAUUAGGAUAACUCGACAACUCGAAUUCCCUGCUAACUCGAACUAAUUUUCGUUUCCCUUGGUCAAGAUUUCACUGAAAUUUACGCCGAUAACUCGAAUUCUGGUUAUUGCAACUCACCACGACUGCCAUCCCUAUAGCUUUUCUUGUCGCGUAAUCGGUAAAACACCUAAAACUAACACAACACAAUUUUUGCAACGAGUGCAGAUCACGUAUUUGACAAUCAUUUCCCUGUAUUAUCUGGAAAAAAUGUAUAAACGUGUUACCAUUUCUGAUGAGACAAGUUUAAUUUGCGCUCUGCUGUAUACCGAAGUGCUGAAAUAUAAGAUAGUGAACUAUCAAUAUAUAACAUCAUGAUGGUAAAUUGAAGAUUAAAUGGACUCCUAAAACUCGAACUACUUUUCGUGUCCUUUCAGAGUUCAAGUUACCGGGGUUCUACUGUAGUUAUCAACUGCUGAAAACAUAAGACUCACCAUUCAUUACAAUAACGACUAGCUAGUAGGUUGAUCCUUCCUAGUCUUUUUUUUUUUAAUUAAAACUGAAGUAUUCUUUUUUAUAUGUAUUCAGCUGUCAACUGCAAGCCAUACGAUCCACCAAUUAACGGACUUAUAACUUGUUCGCAUUCCGAUCUGUGGGGUGGAGAAGCUUGUACUCCUCAGUGUAACCAGCUAAAAGAAUUUGCUCGAAUCCCAGCUUCCUUCUACAUCUGCCAGGCAAGUGGUAACUGGUACAUCUGGGAUUUCCGACCAACAGUUUCACGGGAAAUGCCUUGGCCGGAUUGCACAGGUAAACACCCGGUUAGACAAUAUUUACACUGAAAUGUACCAGUCAUGGAGUUAUGUAUGGUGGGCAUUAAUUUGGAAAAAUCAGCAUAACGUCAAAACAGUGAAUGUUGUAACGCCGAUUUUUCGCCGGUUCGUAGGCUAGAUCGCGCAAAAUUCGGAUUAUAUCUAUUUUAAAGUUUUUUGUUUAUUGUUGUCAUAGUGAUAUCGAUUUUACUAAAAUCUGCAUUUUGACAAACUUCAAUUCAUAAUCAAUCACUGGUGAAAAUGUUGUAGCAAUCGGACAAGGAUAAAAUCAACUUUUAAGUGAUUGAAAAACAUCGGUAUGGUAUCCCAAAAACUGUAUCGAAACACUUUAACUCCUCUGUCACGCUUGUAAAAUAGUCAACUGAUUUGCCUCCAAAAUUUAUUGUGUCUAUUUCAAUUAUUUGUUUCCGUACUUAUUUGUGGGGCACAAUAGGAACUACUGGGUUGCCAGUAAUUGUGUUACCCCUACAGAGUCAAUUUUUGGCUCAUUGAUAUAUACUAGUUAUUGUCUAGCGCUGAGUGCCAAUAGCAAAGAUUUUAGCGAGACGCCGGCGCUGUUCAGUUUGUUUAGAAACGUCAUGAAUUACCGUUAUUCACGAAAAAUAGUUUGAACUCAAUUCGAUUGCAUAAGCCAAAAAUUACCUUUAAAGAUGUGAACUAAACUUGAAAUCCCAACUUUACAUAGCACAUUUUUCGAGAUACUGCAUGUUGCGUAAAUUUUAGUGGUUUUAUAAGCAAACUUAGAAUGCUUGAAAAACCAUAAGUCCGCGAAUAUUCCACAAACAGAUUUAUAUUUGGUCUCUUUUUAACGCUUAGGAAGUCUACUCUUUUCAGGAAAAAAAGGAUUUAUGGUGUGCCGAUGAUGCCUUCCGAAUUAUUUUGCUUCAACGACAAUAAUUUUUGUAGCGUUAUCAUUUUUCUUAGCCCGAAUAAACAGGCAAUGUAUUUGGGUAAAAUAUUUUGAACUCAAUUCGAUUGCUGGAGCAAAAAUUACCUUGAAAAUGGUGAACUAAUCUGUCCUACUGCAUAAAGAAUUUGAAAUACUGAUUUUAAAUAGCAUAUUUUUUGUAUAUUCUCUUCUCUGUUUUACGUCAUAAACGUUACCUUACACCACCUUAUGUUACAUCGCUUCGAGAUUCAUUCUGCCUUGGAACUUUCGCGCGCGGCUUUAUUAUGCUGCCGCCUCGCAGCCUCGCGUCUUCACGAGGCUGCUCGUUGGCAAUCAUCUCUAACCCUUAGGAUAUUUGCCAGUUCGAAGGUAAAGUUUUCAAGUUUCAGCAUUGAUACAACAACCUACCAAAUGAAUUAAGUUACCCCGUCCAUUGUAGAUUUGUUCGCCUUGAUCAGUAAUCGGUUAAGGGAUUGUUUACGUGACACCGAAAUGAGUUUAGUUCCAGAAUUAAGCUCGCACAGCAUUCACAUGAAAAAAUCGACCGGCUUAGCCUAAGGCGUUCUCGUUCCCGUACUUUUGUUAAAACAUCAAAUGAAAAAGGCGUUUACCGCUUUAUGCCGUUUACAGUGUUGAAGAGGUUUAAGCCAUAUUAUUAUCUUGAAACAAGAGAUCAUAAUGAGACUAUUCUUGCUUGAAAUCACAGCAUUUUCGGCAAUGUUAGGUUACUUUCAAAUUUUGGCUCGCAUACUUGACUUUAAACAUUCAAGUAAUAAACUAGCAGACAAAAAAGAGAGAAGUGUUAGUUACUGCUGUUCACGAGCCACCUUAAAAUGAAUAGGGAGGAGAAGUCGUUACGUCAAGUUGCCAUGGCAGACGAAUUUCUGCAGGAUUUCAACAAAACGUGGUCCCGCAUCUUUCUUCGCUGAUGAGCCGAAAUCGAUUAAUCUUGAGUUGUUUGAAUAUUCUGAUGGUGCUUAUUGACUUCCCGCAGAGGAAUAUGUACCUGGAGCUGCACGUAAGGGCAUGGAAUGGCAAUAUUUUGUUGGAGACUGCUCGGAUCCUGCAGUGCAAGAACAAGCCAAGAUCAAUUUCCAGAACGGAUUAAACGCGAUUUUUGGAGGCGGCGAUCCUAACUAUUGCCAACGUGAGGGAGUAUGCGCACUUGAAAACAUUAAAGUCACAUGUGGAAAGACGCAAAGACGAAAGCGUCGAGCUGCACAGGUGAGUAGUGAGCUGCAUAAUAGAGUCCUUGCCCCAGUUGUUCAAAAGCUUAAUAGCGCUGUCCACCGGAUAAAUCACUAUCCAGUGGAUAAGUAUACAGGAAAUCAAUUGCGCUAUCUAGUGGAUAGUGAUUUAUCCAGUGAAUAGCGUUUUCCACGUUUUGAACAACUGGGGUCUUAAGGCUAAGUUGGGCGUCCCCAAUAGGUUUCUCAGGAUCCGGGAUCUCCCUUAUUUAAGGCUCGGGGCUUGGGAUUAAAAAGCAAAAUUGGGCCGAGAUUCAGGAUUGAAUGGAUGAUGGUGGGAAAAUGACCUCACAAGAUUCACAGCAAAACUCAUUAAAUUUCAAGUUAUGGCAAAACAAAGAAAUAAUUUUGAAAGAGCGUGACGUGUAGAAACAAAUGUGAAAACAUCUUUGGAAAAGGUCAAUUGUUUUAGGAGAUAAAGCAUCUUGAAAUGUACGUAUGUUUCUAAAAAAAGUAACAAAAUGGCGGGAAAUUCAAAAAUCAAAGCUUAAUAACUCUUUAACCAAUUGACCUUUACCAAAAAAAAAAUUCAUAUUUUUUUAAAACGGGUCGUGCUCUUUUAAAAUUAUUAAUUUGCUUUUAUUUAUUUUAUUUGGCUGUCAAUCUUCUGACGUCAUCUUUCCGCCAAAAAACUUUAAAAUCGAAAUACAAAAAAUGCAAAAAUCCCUAGGAUGCACUUUUAUGCGUCCCAUACGCCCACAGUGGACGUCCCCGUUUCUCCUGACUAAAGUGGCUGCAGUCCACAUAUUUGUUUCUUAUUUUGAGACCAUUUAAAUGAAACGAGAGAAAAAAGAGUAAACAUUUUCUCGGAAAAAGCAACCAAGUGUUCUUGAUAGUAUCAGCAAACCUACUAGACGGGGCUGUCAUUAGGGAGCAGGCUACUGCAGUAAAAUUCGCCGGCUAUUCAAAGUUUCAAAAUAAGUCAAAUAUAACAAUACAGGAGGAUUUGUAUUAUGAAUGACAGGCUACUCUCCUCGAGAGACCAACGAAAAAGGGGCUAAGGUUUCGUAACGUGGGCCCACAUAAUGAUAUUUCUUUGUUUUCAUUUUAUAGCCCGUCCUUAUCAUCGAACUUGAUGUGGAAGUUAAGACUCAAAACAAUGACUUUGAUCAAGCAAAGACCUCUCUAGAACAGAACGUUACCAAUGCAAAAACCGAUCCGUCGAUGCAAUCAAUGAAUGCUGGAUCACAAACUAUGACUUUGAACAAUGUCACAGACACCCCUACGUACGGAGUGUGCGUAAAUGGCAGUGUGUAUGGUCUCAACCAAGCUUUUGGCCACAAUACGAAAUGCCGUACGUACUCCAUGUGCCUCAUUCUAAGUGUUGGCGCUUUUUUGAUUUAGGGCCCUUUAAGAUUUGUAGGAAAAGAUCUAGAUAAUUAUCGUAAAAAACGUGACGAUAAGAACAAGAAACGUCGAAAAGAGCAUGGCUUGACAAAUAAUGUCGCAGACAUAUUCCAAGAAUUCUGGUUACUGAAAUGGAAGAAGAGGAAUGCCCCUAAGGAUUUCCAUUUUUCCUUAAAUAAAUCAACCAUAAAAAUAAAAUAAGGAUGAUUUUUACAUUUUGAAACAAAAAUGAACAAUAUAAUGGAAACUUGGAGCUUUGAUAAUUUUGUUUCAUUAUAAUCAUAUUAAUUUCUUAUUUUUUGAUAAUGAUGACAUGAAGUCAUCGAACGUCAAGUUUCUUUUAAACUACAUUUUCAAAAUUAAAAAUUUUCAAAAGAUAAGACAAUAAAGAAGACUAGGACACCAAAAAUUGGAACUUUGAGACUCCUUGCACGUUCACUUUAAUUUGCUACCAUGCAACAUUUUCUUUCAUAAUGGAAACGAAAAAGGCAACUCCCUCUGGGUAAAUCAGGGUUAAUAUUUAACAAUUUUUAGUUUUUGAUUGACACGACCAACGAAACCGAAUUUACGACUGAAUGGCCACAGGCAGCCCAAUAAUAAAUACAUAAAGUUAACGAACAAAAGAGCGAAUGAAUGAAUUAAUGAUUCUGUCUUUAUUCCCUCUUAGAGAACUGCCCGUCAGGAACAUACUUUGACUUUAACGCCGGAAGUUGCACAAAUUGCCCGUUAGAUACAUACAAUCCAUCCACUGGACAACUCGGAGAGUGUAUCGUUUGUCCGGAAAACACUUUUACGUUGAACAACGGAAGUAAAAACAUAACUCAAUGUUUAGGUACGAAAAAGUAAAAAAUACAAUAUUGGAUAUACCGUAAAAUUCCGAAAAUAAGCCCCUCCAUGUAGCAGCCCCUCCAAAUAUAAGCUACCCCAAAUCGGUAACGCAAAAUCCCCUCCGUUAAAUCGUCCCUCAAAAAUAUAAGCCCACCGGGGGCUUGUACUUGGAAAAUUGACCUCAAAUACUAAGAAAAAAGCAAAAACGGUAAACUUACUUCCAACUAUAAGGCUAGCCCAAUCGAUUUUGAGAGGCAAAUUUCCCUCCAUUGAUAAGCCCCUCCGAAUAUAAGCCCCUCCAAAAAUAAGCCCCUCAAAAAGGGCCUUUGAAAAAUAUAUAAGCCCUGGGGCUUAUUCUCGGAAUUUUACGGUAUUUUCAGCAACUGCAUAUUGUUGUCAAUACGCAAUGCUGCACAUGGUAAAUGGUAAAAGGAGCUUAAGGAAGAAACAAUCAUUCAAGACCGCCAUGUUUCUUGACAAAGUAUUGAUAUUUUUGGGCAGAAUUUAUGAUAAUACAACUUGGUUUGAUGAACGCAUCAACAGAAUGUUUCUUCCUCUAUCACGUCUCAUGUCAAGGGGAAAUCGGGGUACUCAUAGAAACACCUCUAAGAAAAUUGGCGAGAACCAGGCCAAUAAACCACACCCACAAUUGCGUCGUCCCCGCGAUUGGCAUCCAGGCUACAUUUUUAGGGCCCAUUGCUCUCACCACUGCACCAUCCAAGUAUCUGGAAUACAAUUGACUACUUUUUGUCUCACUGCCUUUUGAGCUAGAAGCACUAAGCGAAAAUCACGCUCGCAGUUUUCUCGGACAGGAUGAUUUGGUGCCGAAAAAAGUCUCACAUGGGAUAAUUCGUUCUAUUUGUUUAAAUAGCCGCCUGUCAGCCUGGAGAGUACUCGCCCACUGGUCUGGCCAACUGCUUUCCAUGCCCCAUCAAUUAUUAUCAAUCUCUUGUACGUCAAUCAACGUGCGACAGUUGUCCUGGAUCAUCAGUGACCUUAGCAGCAGGUUCCAAAUCGAUCAGUGAAUGCGGAAGUGAGUGUAUUUUACGGUCGUUCAGGACCACCUUAUCGAUUAAACACUUAUCUAGACUCACAAGAAAAUUAGUGUUGGUUUCUCCAAUAAGUAAUGUAGAAAUUGGGUAUUGAUAUAAAAUGAUGUCGUCAGUUUUUUUAGGAUUUGUUUUGUAGCACAAAUGAACUAUGCGAGGCCAACAAAAUAUAUCAAUGUGUGUUAUUUUAAUCUAUAAAAUCUUAAGCAAAUUACAUUUAUACAAGAUCGAAACUUUUUUGGUCUUAUUUCUUAUUAAUAAGUUUUGGGUUUUUAUACAAUUGUACAUUCUUUCUGGCCUUAAGUUUAAAUAUAUUUCAAUAGAAACGUGUGAAAUACCAAGAAAUUUAGUACCUGGAACCCGGAAUACACAGCGUAAAAUCAAGAAUCCAUUAGACUGUCUUGGAUUAGAUUACAUGGGGAGACACAAACCUUAACAGCCGCACACAGGACUACAGCCGGUGAAGUGGACGAGGUCGCAAUUCUGUUAGUAACUAAAAAUGACUUUUUCUGCCCAACUGUUUACAUUAUCACAUAUUAUUUGUUUUAUAUGUUCUAGUGCCUUGCGCUGCUGGUACAUACUCCCAGACUGGUGUUGAACCGUGUCUUCCUUGCGCCAAAGGAUACUACCAACCCGGGGUCAAACAAACUUCAUGUCUUCUCUGUGGAGCACCCAAAUCAACCUACGGAACAGGUGCUUCCUCGGCGAGCCAGUGUAUCGGUAAGUGGAAGUACCACAGCCUUGUCUCGCACCACCCAGCAAUAUAUCAAUGUGAUCGCCGGCCCGUAAUGUAGUAGUUGUGGGUACGUGAUCCAUAGAAACAGAUAAAUUCACCGACGAGUUAUUGUGCUACGAAUAACGAACGUAUGAAGGAGACGCCCAAUCUUAAGUUAUACUAUGAUCUACAUCUCAGCACCUAAUCAUUGAAAAAUGGAAGAAGACCAAAGCGUCUUUAAUUUGAAAGGUGAAUUGUUGUUUGAAAGCCUGCGUAUAUCCCUGACCGAGUUUUUAAUUCUUCAGGACAAUUGACCAAUGUGAAAUUUCUAAGUUACUUAUGCGGCACUUUUCUUUGUUUGAUCUAUAGACAUUCAAGACUGCGCCUCGAAUCCAUGCAACAAUGACGCUUCGUGUGUUGAAGUCGCUGAAGGCUACAAAUGCGUUUGUCAGCCAGGUUUUACAGGAACUAACUGUGAAGUGGAAGAGGAUGAAUGUGUAGCGAGCCCGUGCGCCAAGGGAGCAUCAUGCGUCGACAAGGUAUAAUGGGACAAACGGGUAUAUCUGUGUUCAUUAAAUACUCUUAAUACUAAAUCAAACAUUAUCAAAGGAUACCUCUUCCUCUCCUCUUCUUUGGUAGGAAAAUCCUUAUAUUAAGAGCAAUUUUUUAAAACUAAACGAUGGAAAUGACGGGUCGGUAUUGCAAGACUUGUCUAAUACUGACCAUACCUUACGCUAUUCAUGAUGUAAGAGGUUUCGCUACGUAACGGUGAGAUCAUAAAUAUUAUGAAAGCAGAAGGAAAAGGGAAAAGUGUUUGCAUGUCAAUAUUUUACAGAUACGUGCGCAUGUUUAAUAAGAAAAAAUAAGUGUCAUGUAACCUGCACGCAAUAGCCUUUGUUUCUAGCAGUGUGUUACGGUAAACGUGCGAAAAUGACACGGGUGCGUUAUAGCACGCGUCUAGCAAGCUAAACAAACAAAAAAACUAAAUUCAAUCCGCUUAAAAACAAUAGUUAACAAAGAGGCUCGGAAUACUUAAUAUAGCUUUCAAAGGAACAUAGCGUUUAAGUAAGUAAGUAGGCAAGUAACUUCAUUAAAGUGUCAGUCGUUCUAGUGUUUACACACUAAUUGGAGACAGUAUGUGAUAAAAUAUAUAUAUAUAUAUAUAUAUAUAUAUAUAUAUAGUCAAUUGCAUAUUACAUCUACAAUAUCAAUAUUAAAAGAAACUAAUGCCUGGUGGCAUCAAAAACUAUUUAAAACACAUAUAAAGUCAAAAAACGAUUUCCGAGUUAAAAUUAUGACAUUGAAACUAUUAAAAAUAUUAAAACGGCAUGGUUGCUUUUUCGAACGGAAUAUUUGAUGUGAUUUUUAAACAUAAGCAGAGACAACGUAUCAUUUUAGAGACCGAGAUUUUAUUGAGAUCACUAAGCCCAAACGAACCACCGAGACUCGCUAAGAAAGCUAGUAAAUUUCAAGAAAAGAAAACGCCGCUAAAAGGAUAAUGCCACUUUCGACGAAAAGCGAACACUCUGGGCCUAAUCAAGCGCAUGAAAGAUACUGUUUGAAGUUGCUUUUUGCCCAUUAAUCUCGCUUCUAUGACUUUGUCGUUGCCUUCCCUUUGCCGUCACUAACGUGUAGUUUUAUAAGCUCCUUUCUUUAAGAUGGAUUGUGCGAUCAUUCAUUCACAACUUUGUCGAUGAGCAGUCCGCGGAUCUUUGUUUGCUUCCUUGCAGGUGAAUGGGUACGUUUGCCUGUGUCCAGCAGACUACACUGGCCAGCACUGUGAUGUGAAAUCGAGCACAUGUUCCAGCGGCAAGUGUGCCAGUGGUUCUACCUGUGUAAAUACACCAGAAGGGAACGACUGUGAAUGCCCUGAUGGAUACGAAGGGACGUUCUGUGAGCAACAAUCAAAUGUAAGGACGAGAAAAAAACUUUAAUUAGCACAAUGUAUUUUACUAGGAUUGGUGAAUCUAUUUGGAAUUCUAUUCCACAUUCUGUUAAAACUCUCAACUUAUCUAAUUUUCGUAAAAAAAAUUAAAUCACUACUCCUUAAUGCCCUAGAUAAGGAAGAUAUUUAUUUGAAUGUUACUUAUUUAAUAGAAUAUUUUGAGUAGUUAACCUGAUACGUUGUAAUAUACCUCCAGUUGUAAUUUUAGUCUUUUUUUUUUCUAAUAACAAAACCCUCGCGCUUGAGUUUGUGUUAGGAGUUUUUCUUUCUGUGUGUUGUUGUAUUUCUUAUCUUUUCCUUUUUUCUUAAUAUGUAAUUUAAUAACGAUUUUAUUUAUAAUUUUUGUCCUGCCUAGAUUGGCGCUAUAGCAAUUUGCAGGGCAUAAAGUAUUGUAAGCUUUAUGGAUAUUGAAUAAAUUACAUUGUUGUUGUUGUUAUUGUUUUCGUGUCUCUCCAUGUAUUUGAUAAUUUCUUUGCUUUCUUAUUUCAGGAAUGCAAAUCGUCUCCCUGCAAAAAUGGUGGCACAUGUUCGGUCGAAAACCUUUCCUUCAAAUGUACUUGCCCUACAGGGUACAGUGGUAAUCAAUGCGAAAAAAACGACAAUGGCUGUCUCCCAGACUCCUGCUUGAAUGGAGCGACUUGCACCGACACAAGCUAUGGUCAUGUUUGCAGCUGCGCGCCAGGGUAUGCCGGGGCAACGUGUGACGUCAACAUUAACGAGUGCAACAGCUCACCAUGCCAGAACAACGGGAAUUGCGUUGACCAAGUUAAUGGAUAUAAAUGCUAUUGUAAGCCUUCAUUCAAGGGAACAAAUUGCGAGACAGGUAUCUGACUGAAAAUUUCUGGUAAUUUUUUUAAAAAAAUUAAGGAGCGAUAAAACCGACCCAGAAAUUUGAUUGGUCGUUCGAAAAAAAAAAUCUUUGAAACUGUUUCCUGGGUAAAACGCCAUAAAAACUUAUAACCGUCAUUUUUUGCGGCUGUUCAUUUUUCUAAGUCUUAACAUAAAAAAAAUAAAUUAUUUUCAUUUUGUUUCAGAGGUGUCCACUGAUUUUGACUUCGAGUUCAGUAGGUCACUUGGCCGUGGGGCAUCAAUCGUCGAGAUGCGUCAGAAUUUGACAGCUUUUACCGUUGCCUUCUGGCUAAAGGUUGCCAACACCGAAAUUGAUCCGGGAACGCCUCUUUCUUACGCUACGGAAGUCGGAGGUAAUAUUAUUUCACUUGAAUCUAGGUCCAUAGUGUGCAAAGUUCCCAAUGCGGGAUAUAUGCACGCUGGCAAUGCUAUCAGCAAUUAAUUUAAGUAAAGUAGCAGCUUUUGCUAUAUGAAGAAAUAGGUAUCUAAGUCUACGUGUUAAGAAGAUGUCCUUUGUCGCUUUCUGUGUGCUUAGACGUUUCUGUAGUGGUACAGUUCUAUGGAGUGAGCUGUGGCGCGUCCACUCCAGACCAGAAUCUGUAUUCCAAGCUGUUAUCAUUUAAUGUAUUACAAGCGCUAUUUUAAGACUGUGAACCGAUCCUACACAUGUGAGUUGAUACUGUCACGGUCAAAUGGGUUCAACCUCGAUGUUGCCAACACCUGUCCUUUUCAGCCCUAUACUCCCUGCUAGACGAUCUGUGCAUUAAACUAUCGUAUCAACGGCCUUUGUUAGCUAUUAUCGAAAUCAAAGAUUUAUUACACGCACGAACUGGGCUUGUAUUUAUAAGGAAAAUCUUCAUUUCUUCAAAAUUUAUCUAAAUGAGUUAUGGGACAGACCUAAAGAUACCUUCCUGUAUAUCUUACAUCUGGACCAUUAGGGAACAUUGUGGAUAACGCUCUGGUUAUUCAUGACUACAAUGGCUUUAACAUUUGGAUUAUGGGAGAGAAAGAAGCAACCAAUGUACCGGCAAAUGACGGCAAAUGGCAUCACAUGGCUUUCACUUGGCAGAGUUCAUCAGGUGCAUGGAAAGUGUACAAAGAUGGAAGUAACGUCAAGCAAAGCACUACCGCGUUUCAAGCAGGACAGGUAAGUACUAUUGGUUACUUUUGCAUCAGCUGUUAUUAGUUUUCAAGAGUCUGUUGUAACUUAGUGGACUGAUAACGAGAAUUUCAUAGGUUAAACUGCUGUUGGGGAAACUUUAGGUAAGUUUUUUGUUUUACACGCAGGGGUGGAUCCCGGGUGGGGGGGAGGUAGGACAGCCCACCUACACUGAAAAACAAACGGAAAUACGUGGGUCCCCAAAAAUAUAGAGGCACGUGCAAUCGCCAUACAUGUUGAUGCAGAACCAUCGAAAGAAGUAUAGUUUGUGAGAGAUUUGUGGCGCUUCACCCUAGACGAAUGACGCCGUCUUCACUUUUGGCCAACUAGGUUAGUAAGGUAUUUCUGUUAGCUUCUAUUUUUCAUUUUGCGGCUUUCAAGAGUUUGCAGUUAUACAGUCUUCAAUAGUCCAGUUUCAAAUCAAACAUUACCGCUGAAUAUAUAAACAUUAACGACACAUUCAUACAGGGUUAGCCUCGACGUAAAGUAAAAUAUUCAGAAAUUCUGGCAAGUAAAGUUUGAGAUUUGAAUAUACACAAUAGACGGAGUAAUAAACAGGUCUUUUUCUCGUUGGAAUUUGUGGGUAUAUUACUUCAGAUUGAGGCUAAGGGUGUGAAAAAUGCGUCUUCACUUCUUUAAUUCAGCGGUCAUAGCGAACUCGAAAAGGGACUAUUCGUCCUUUCUAAAUCGCCAUGUUCUGGGACAAACGUAGGACAACUUAAAAUAAAGUAAACGUGUAAUUUUUUGGCCAACAAUUGGUAUCAGCCAACCGUCCCCCCACCCCCCCCCCACGCCAUUAAAAAUUCCUGGAUCCAGGAAAAGAAGAAACCAAAGCAACAUCAUGCACGCUCAUCCUCACCCUAUUCAUGUACGAAGCAUGUAGUUGGUUUGUUACACUAGAGCAGGGUGAAGUGUAGGCGUCUUUAAUUUGAAUUCAGAUUAGUUUCAGGAAACCGUUUAAGGUUCCAGUUGCCAGAAACAAAAAACGUGGGAUUUUAAGUCUUAAAACUAAAUUCUUUCUAUCUUACAUUCAAAUUAUCUUUAGGUAAUUUCAGCAAAUGGUUUCUUUGUGCUUGGACAAGAACAGGACGAAGUAGCUGCAAACUUCAGUGCAAAUGAAGCGUUCAUAGGCCAUAUGACUCAGAUGAAUGUGUGGGAUUACGAGCUCCCUGCGAGCGACCUUGCAGAUAUGGCCAGGCAUGCUAAUAACUUUAUUGGAAAUGUCGUUGCUUGGUCUGAUUUCUACGAUCCUGCAGAUCAGGGUAUCAAGAAAGUUUCCCCUUCUGUAGCUCGAACAGGUGAGAUAACAAAACUUAAAGGAGAUGUAGUGUCACGGCUGUCUAGCUCAUUUUGUUUAUAAUCCCAAUUACGCGCCCUUUUUCGCUAUGGAAGUUGACAAAUUGCAUGUAAAUGACAAAAUCACAGCUACGUGUUAGACUAGCAUGUCGCCUAAACAUUAUAUCCAAAGUUACAAACAACGAAAAUAAACAUUGAAAAACUGUUAGGCUGACACCUUUUUUUAAAACCCACUAUUGUAAUCCGUUUCUAUUUCUGAAGUUUGUCUAUCUGUACCUCUUUUUGUAUUUACGGUGUUAUAUUUGCCUUCUUUUAACGUUUUGAGCAGUUACAGUAAAAACCCACGACUAAGAAACUGGUUUUUAAGAACCUGUUAGGUUAUUAUUUGCAAGUUAGGCCACCUCUAUACAAGAACCUGUCUAGCCUAAAAUACGAAACAGGUUCUUAUUUUCUAAAUUUCAUAAAGAAAAUUCUUUUCAAUUGGGCAAAUAAGAUAAGUCAAUUGCAACAUUCAGGAUCCUCUUUGAACACAUAGGAGACUUAUCACACCAGCUGUAAUGUAAUGAUCUGCAUAUUUUAUAGAAGGAAUUAAGGUACAUACCACUAAAUGCUCUUAGCUUCAAUGUAUCUUUUUCUUCAGAAAAUAAGAACCUAUUUCAAGAACCUAAAGUAGCCUAAAUAUGUGCUAAUUACCAUUUAUGUAAGAACAUGUUUAGGCUGACUUGGGAAAAUGCAGGUUCUUAGUCGCGGGUUUUUACUGUACUUUAAUGUUUCACUCGAUUUGGUAACAGUUCGUUCGCUUAAAUUUCGAAACACAGCUCCCUUAAAUAGCGUACCACCCAGAGAUCUGUGUAAAGCGCCGGGAAGUUCAUCCCCGCUUACUUUUCGACUCAAACCUUCAGGCCUGCAGGAGUGCCCCCCACCCUCCAAUUCUGGAUGAGCACCUCUUUCCUCGUUCCCUUCUCGAACCUGCACUUGGCAUCAAUUAACGAUAUUACUGCCCACUUGACGAUCAGUUCAACCGGACUAUGUUAAAUGUGACUAUGUGUGUUUAAACGUGGUUUCCUGAAACCAAACCGGUAUCUUUAUUCAAAAAGAAGCUCAAAGAUGUCGAAGCAAAACAAAAUACAAAUGGACUGUUUUCUCAGUCCUUAAUUAUAUACUACAAUUUAAUAAUUCGAAGUCAAUUUAACACCGUAAAAUGAGAAAAACUGACGUUUCGAGCUCAACAUGAAAACUCAGCUGGUAAGAUUUGGUACCUUACAGUUGUGAACACACACUAGCACUAUUUGAAAUUAUAAAAUAACUAAGAUAGUACGCGCGUUCUGUUUGGUUAAAAACCUACGGUUUAUAGUGCCGAUAAACUCAUAGAAAACCAAGUUGUUUUAUAAAAGCAAUAGACCACGCUUUCUAUGGGUUUACCGGCGUGAUAACCCACUUAGGAUGUUGUGCUUUUCUCGUGUUCUCUCAACAUCCAGCGUGUAUUAUCACGCCGGUAAACCCAUAGAAAGGGUGGUCAAUUGCUUAAAUAACACGACACCCCUGGUGUGACCGCAGCCAAAUUUCACGAGACAAAUUUACACAAAGGUAGUGACCUCAAACAUAAGUCAGGCCUUAAUCUAGGGGCUCCAUUCUGGAACAGAUAAGUUAUGUAUAAUAUCGUUUCUACCUUUAUUCCUUUGUUUGGUUUCUUUUCAGAAAACAAGUGCUGGACCAACUGGAUCAACAACGAUUCACCGUCAACUGGUGACGGGGAUACUGAAACCAGCUCUAGCGCAUGCGCCAGUCCAACCUCCUUCGCCUGUCAGACAGUUGAUGGGCUAUCAAUGCCUGACGUUGAGCUUAAUAAGACCACGUGCUCAAGUAGCGGAAUCACGUGCUUGAAUAGUGACCAGAGAGCGGAUCGAAGUUGCCCAGAUUUCAAAGUUCGUUACGUCUGCACCUGCCCAUGUAAGCAUAAAAUCCCUUUACUGGUACUGUUUAUACGCGCAUCUAUGGUCUGUAUAACAACAAGAACAACAACAACAACAACAACAACACUUUAUUUCACCCCAUAAUAUACAAGAACAAUAGUACAGACGAUGAUAGGGGCGCUGGCUGCCCGAAAUAACCCAAGAGUUAAAAAUGCCAGGCAGCCAGUUAAAGGAAAAGAUGUUUAAAUGUUUAGGUCAGGAACACAAGAACAAAGAAAAACAGACAUACAAAUUAAGUAAACUACCAAAUAAAAGUAUUAAAAUUUCCAUUUUGCAAAAAGUAUUAUUUCCAUUUUAAAGUUACCCAGACAAUGUACAGAUGUCUAGUAAUCUUUGAUAAAGUGCUGUUUCAUUUUCUUUUUAAACAAAGACAAUGAAGAUAAUUUGAUAUCUUCGUCAAUGGAAUUCCAUACUGAUGGACCUUGAAAUCUGAUAUUGAAUAUACCGUAAUUUGUUCUUGCUUUUGGAAGAUAACAAGACUGUUUUGCACCAAGCCUUGUAUUAUAGGUAUGAAUUUGCGAAAUUUUAGUGAAAAAAGAAUUAAAGACCGAUGGCAACAAUUGAUUAUGAUAUUUAUACAUCAAGAUUGCUAAAUGAAAAGUUACUAGGUCCAGGAAUUUUAUAAUUUUAAGAGAUUUAAACAAAGGACUAGAGUGCUCAUCGAAUCUAGAAAAGGUAAUUAAUCGCAUUGCUCUUUUUUGUAAAAUGAAAAUUGGUUGCAGAGUGGUCUGUAUCGUUAUGUAAAUCAUUCUAUUUUCCUUUUUUUUUUUUUUUUUUUUUCACGUGCAAAGGUGGAAACUAGCUUCUUGCAAUUCCGUCAUUUGUUUAGGCCUAAGCCAAACGACAAACUUUCAGGAGACGAACGAAACUCUUUGGAUCCACCUAAAUUAUCUUAAGAUCGUCUGUUGGGCCAGACAUGUCGAACUCACGACGCGUCGAACCAUUCAACCACAUCAGACCAAAAAGCAAUUUUUGUAAUUUUCUUUCCCGAACGAGGCUAAAUAUAGUUUUCAUACAAAUUGAUAAUUUAAUAGCUGAGUUUGUCGCAUUUGAAGAUCGACGUUCUGUCCCGAAGACGAUCUUCAGACGUUCUGUCCGUCUGAAGCAGAUGGAUAGAAUGUGUUGGACUAUCCAAACUCAUUCAGACUAACUCAACUGAGCCACACGUCGAACUUACCAAGUUUGGUUCCUCUGAUGAAAAAUUCGACGCUUGGCCUAGGCCUUAGACUGAUCACCUCUUUAAAUGAUUUCUGUGCAAAAUGUUAAAAUUUUGCUUAAGACGGAGUUUGACUAAGACUAGGAUUCCCCUAAUCUGAGCCCCUUUUUUGAAUCCUCCUCUCGAACCUUUUUGAACUGAAUAAUACGAGGCAUUCGCAAAACUUGUAUAUAAAUUAAAUGUAUGACUUGCGUUCCCAGCGAACACUGCUUGUGCUUCAAACCCAUGUGGAGCCCAUGGAACAUGUGAAGCUCUACCAGUUGGAUACCAGUGUAAAUGUAAUGCCGGAUACGAAGGAAGACACUGUGAAACAGGUGCAUAAGAUAGUUAAGAAGUUUGUUAAAUGUUAAAACUCUAUCGAAACCAAAGGAGUAACGUUUGAGUUAAAAUAUAUAUAUAUGACAGGCAGGUUUUUAAGCCUCCACAAAAAAAGCCAUAGACUUGCGUUGACUCUCGAUGUAUAAGGAAGCCUUACAAAAACACUGAUCCCAAGCUUUAGGCGACAAAGCAUUCUUUCUAUUUCUAGUUAAGUAAACAAAGACUUAAGCAAGGGAGAGCUGGGAGGAUAAUUUUGUAACUUUAUCUAUCCGAAUUAUUAAAGCAAGCACUUUGAACUAACCGCCAUAUAGUUUGGAUACCCAAUCAGUAUUUUUGGAAUGGCUAGCAACUGUAUCCACAUUUAUCAGUAGGAUGCCAAGGGCAAUGAUCAGUAAUGUAAGUUAUUGCACUUAUCGCAGAGCGCCAUGAGUAAGAAAAUUUGGUUAUCUAUGCAUCCGAGACAUUUUGGCAGCUAGGCGACCAUAUGCCCGUCCAUCCGCACCACAGGGUACCCAAAGUGAAAUGACCCUUUUUACUCUGUGUGUAGUCUGCAACCUGUGUUUAACUUGAUGACAGAGGUCCAUGUUGUGGUCAUCUUCGCCACCUGCACUUUUAGAGAGAAAAAACAACAACAAAGCCGGAUCAUUUUUUCGACUAAAUUUCUGUCUACGCUGACUUGGAUAACAGAGAAAGAGCUAGAGCGAGAGAUAAAAAACAAGGAGACGAAUUUUGUAAGAAACACAACAUUAAAAAUUUAAAGCGGUGGUGAGAAAAUGAGAAAUGUUAGCGGCCAGUAAGGUGAAAAUUAGCUGCAGUGGAAAGGAAAUCAAAUAGCCAAACACAAACAACAAUUUUUCUUUGUGAAAACAUACAUUUCCUCCAUAAAACUAGAGAGUUUCAGGUUCCAGUCGUACAACAACAACGGCAAAGAAAUGUACAAAAAAGUGUGCUGCACGUGCAAAGUUGCUUUUUAUGCUAAUUACACCUCUUUUAUUAUUAUUUUUCCCCUUCUCGUUACCCUCGCGUUUGGCAUUACACGAUUUUAUUUUUAUGUAAGUAAAUUGUUCGUAAAGUAUGGCUAAAUCUUUAGAUUUCAUAUAUUUUGCUUCCGUACGAUUCUUACAUCUUAGCCUGAGAAAACAGCCGACACUUGGCGACGCUACCACUUGUUUCCCCGCCAAAUGACAUCUGAGAAACGAGCGCAGAAAUUCCAUACUGAUGACGCGUCACUACCCAGAUCUGGGUAGUGCUUCUGAUUGGUCGUGCCGCCUGGUAAAUUUGAUUCAACUAAUCAGAAGCACUACCCAGAUCUGGGUAGUGACGCGUCAUCAGUAUGGAAUUUCUGCGCUCGUUUCUCAGACUUCAUUUGGCGGGAAAACCAGCGGUAGCGUCGCCAAAUGUCGGCUGUUUUCUCAGGCUAUACGAUUCUGAACUACAUUCCACAUUUUUUUCCUUCUGUAACUUAGAAUCGUCAAGAAAGGUAAAUUAACUUCCCUUAUACUACUACAUGAGAAAUUUCUGCAAUCUGAUUGGCUUAGAGCAGUGGUAUUUCAGCUUAAUUUGAAAUACCUACAAGUGAAAAUUACAAACCUUUUGCGGGUAGUAGUAUAAACAAAUAAUAGCAUGAUUUGCACGUGAUAUUUGGCAUAAAUACCACUCGUGACAUUUCAAAAUUGUCUCAAAUCUCACUCGCCUAACGGCUCGUGAAAUUACGUAUAACAAUUUCGAAAUAUCACUCGUGGUAUUUAUGCCAAAUAUCACUACAAAUCAUGCUAUUACCUAUACAAAUAGAUUAAAAGUUUUCGUUUCCGUCUGACUGAUUAAAGGGAAGGAUUUCUGGAAGUUUUUAUGCAAACAUUUUCACUUGAUUUUACACCACAGCUGUGAAGUGCCCAUGCACUGGUAGGAUAGCUAAUGGUCAACGUAGUGGAAGCCGUUCGCAUGGAGGAACAAUGACAAUUACAUGCAAUGCUGGAUUUAGGGCAAGCGGAACGGCAACACUGAAUUGUGUUAAUGGAAAAUAUGACGCAGCGGUCCCACAAUGCAUCGGUAAGCACCGUUCUAUCAGUCUUUAUAAAACCUUCCCCACUUCAAAUAUUAAUGUCACUCUUCAACCUAGUAUACGUCUUGUUCUUCAUUUUAUUUAUAUUUUUUUCCAUGCUAGUACUGGAAAUAGAUUAGAAUAUUUAGAAAUGAUCGGUUGUGAAAUGUGGGCCUCAUUACGUUUGGUUAUUUUUUAAAAAGCCGAAAUUUUCCGGCAUGCUAAACAGUAUCGGGUCUAUCACUAUGGGCCAUGUUCGCGAUGACUUCAUUUGACUACAACUGCCAAAUUAAUAUACAUUAUUUUCUAUUUGCUCAUUUAAAUUUGUCAACCUCGCUAAGUUUUGUUUUAAAGCUCUAAUUUUUACUAAAAAGCAAAGGAUUCUGGUAGUUUUAGUGAAUUGACGUCAUGGUGCAAUUAUUCUUGGCACCUGUUUCAUCAUCAUUCCUUUUUACCACUAUCCAGGGUAGGCAAAGGUUGGUUUCUUUUCUGUUAGUUUGUCCUUGCCGGCAUCAUUUCACGGUUAAUAACAUUAACUUCUAAGUUUUAAACGAAGUUAUUCUUCACCGAUCUUCAUCCAAAGACGUAGCAAAAUUAAGUUUAUUGGCAAUUCAAGGGUUUUUGUUUGACUUCUAGAUGUUGACGAGUGUACUGAAGGGACCUCAGGAUGUGCACAAGGCUGCGUAAACACAUACGGUAGUUUUAAAUGCACGUGCAAUUCAGGGUAUUCACUGAAUGCAGACGGCAAAACAUGCGCAGGUAGGUGUCCGAGUUCCAAAGCCCUCCAUUUCCAAAUUAAGGGUGAUAGUAUAAAAAUGCGGUUUAUAUGCUUUAACUGUCAGUAAAAUGACGUUUGUUUUUCAGAUAUCAACGAAUGUUCCCUCAACAACGGAAACUGUCAGCAAAGUUGUCAUAACAGUGAUGGCAGCUACCGUUGUACCUGCUCAUCGGGAUACGUGCUUUCGUCCGACGGUGUCUCGUGUGAAGGUAAGUUGUUUGAUUAAAGUAAAACAUAGGAAAUGAUAUGAUAUAAUUACAUUAUACGAAGCAAAGGGAGUUUUGUAAAGGAUUGAGAUGCUUUUUUUUUUCAUAACUACUUUACGAACUGUGAAAAAAAAAAGAAUGAGAACACAUUUAGGAAUGAGUCUGCUGUGGUGUAGUGCUACUGAAGAGCAGGGGCGGAUCUAGGGGGAGGGUCCAGGGGGUGCGCACCCCCCCCCCCCUGAGAUGACCUGCGGUUUUCUAAUACAACUGGUAUUCUGCAAAAAAAAAACUAUGUGGUUUAUUGGUGUUGAAGUAGAGCAAGAGACCAGUGCACCCCCUCCUAAAAAAAAUCCUGGAUCCGCUACUGAAGAGACUGAAAAAGAACUUAAAUAAAGGUUACCAAAAAGUCGAUAAACUACUGCUUAACAUUUUAAGAGAACUUUUUGUAAGCUUAAACAGUUCUUUUUAUUUAUUUAUUUAUUUAUUUACUUUAAUAGACGAUAACGAGUGCUCUACUAACGGAGGAUUGGGACCCUGUGAACAUAUUUGCGUCAACUCCUAUCUAAGUUAUCAGUGUCUCUGUAACGCUGGAUAUACGCUGAAUGCUGACGGAAAAACGUGCGCAGGUGAGUUAUUGAAUAUUAACAAGGAGUCUAGAAGCGCUUACUUGCUGUCGAGCGUUAGUGAAAGAGCACAGUCACUUUUCUUUUAAAAGGGAAAAAUCCAAAUUUUGUAAGAUGCCAGAUCCGAGACAUGUGCAUAACUAAAGGUUAUAUUUUAGAUAAAAUGCUUAUGGGAAGGUCUACGCGAAUUAAUACCCAGCGCACAACGGCUGUUCAUUGUUUAGGUAUAUUUUCUUGUUACGAAAGAACAGUUUUAUCCCCUGAAUUAGAGCUUUUAUUCAAAUAAUAUUUCUUUGUUUCAUCAAAAUGCAAAUCAAAUGCAACAAAUUGCCAUAUGCAUAAGACCUUUCAAGAUUCAAAUAUUUUAUCAGCUAAUCUUGAGAUCGGGUCUGUAAAUCACAGACCGAGCCUCCUGCCCCUCCUUCCUCACAGUACCAUAUCUAGGACCUGAACGCUAGCCAGAGGCAAGCUAUUAAAAUAUGUGUAUGAUAGGCGUUUGACAAAGGAUAUACCAUCAGUAAAGAAUUUGCGAUUUUAUGAUUACAAUUAUGAUUAUGAUUAUUAUUAUGAUUAGAGUGAGUUUACUUAACCCGUAAAAUAGGUAGUAGAAUACUACGCACUAUUAUGCACAAAUUCUAUUGUCUUCUUACGUUUAUUUGUAGCUAUUUUGCGCUAGUUUUUAUUAUCUGUUUCACGGUUCAAGUAAUUUCACUCUGUAACUGAUUAUGAUUAUGAUUAUUAGUACUGAUAUUGUUAGUAGUAAUAUUAUUGGAGCAAGCAAAUAAAAGCGUAAAUGGAGAAGUUUACAAGUUUAAAAUCAACAGCUUAACUAAAUUUUGAUGGACUUUUGUCAAGAAAAACGUGUUUGUAGCUACCAAAUUGAAGACAGAGGAUAAAAUCUUCUUUCGGGUUCUUCAGCAAGUCAUGAUCCGAAAAUUGGCCAAUAAUAUACCAGACUGGCUCAGCGACAUGAUAAAACAGAAUGUUAACUGCAUUAACUCUCUCUGAAUCAUGCAUCCUUUUCUUUUCUUUCUUUUCUUUUUUUUUUUUUUUUUUUUUAAAAACAGCGAACUCGUUUCCAGCGAUAUCAAGUUUUGCAAAUGGAGCUCUUGAUCCUGCUAGCCCAGCAACGACUACUGGUAGUACGGUACGAUUCUCGUGUAACCAAGGUUACAUCCUCAGGGGAGCUUCCACGAGAACCUGCUUGGCUGAUAACACGUGGUCUGGCAGCGCACCUCGUUGUGAUGGUGAGGUUUACGAAAUUAUUGCAGACAAAUAAACCAUGUGGUUGUAUUGUUUUUUCGAAGGUGUGCAGUGAUUGAGGCAGUUUCCGAAAAAAAAAUCAACAUUUAUAGAAAGAAUUUUAAAUAAAGAAUGGUAUUCGCGGUGGUUUCGUUGAAUUUAUGUUUCAAGAAAGAAAAGGCGAACGAACGAACAAGUGUGAGUUAGAAAGUGAGUGAGUGAGUGAGUGAGUGAGUGAGCGAAUGAACGAAUGAAUUAUUGAGCGAGCAAGCUGACUUUUUAUUGUUAUUAUUUUUCCUUUGGUUAGUGGUAAAAUGCAUCAUACCUGGUGAACUACAGGACGGCACAAAAACCACAACUGCUGGCAACAAUUACAAUUCAGUGGUCUCCUAUGCGUGUAACUCAGGAUUCAGACUAGUUGGAUCGGCAACACGAACAUGCCAGGCUGACGGAACAUGGAGCGGAGAGCAUCCUCGCUGUAUAGGUAUGAAACAUCGGGUGUAACAGUGCUCGUCGGAAGAAUUAAAAUGCAGAUUUUUCAAAGACAAUACAACGUCAACUGAGAACUCGAAAGCACACGGAAGGGAGUUAAUGCGACUUAUGGUGCUCUUCGCCUCUCUGACAUUGGUCAAUCCGAUUUUAAGGUCUGCCCGAGCCGUCGUCCUUGUCGUCACGUGUUUUUGCUGAAACUGGUUAAUAUUAGAAUCGUUACAUCUGGGAAGUUGGGAUAAAUCCAGCCAAAGAUAACCUCUCUGAAUGUAAUCCUACAAUUAGCCUUACGGAAUAAUAAGGAGCCCUUUAAAACCAUAAGCCCUGGGGCCUGUUUUCGACGUUUUGAAAAACGGGAGUGCCUUCGUAGAUAAGAAAGUCCUUGUGACAAGAAAAAGAAUCCUUAGCAAAGCCAGCUAGUGAGAAAUUGACACUUUAAGUGAACGGACUUCCCGCCUUAAAUUGGCAAAGCCAAUUGUCACCAAACGACAAAAUAGCCCCGGUUGUUACCGACAGCUGGGAAGUAACUAGAAUUUCCGAAUAUAAAUUUCGGUACGCCGUGUAAUGCUAUGUGCAGUAACUUUACAAGUAAUAAUCAAAUUAAAAGAAAAUUACUCGACUGACGUUAACAGCCUGUCGUGCAGCUAGACAUGUUGAAACCCACUAUAAUGUACGAGAAGUAUUGGGGCAAAUUUGCAAUUGUGGCGCUUUUUUACACACCUGAAAAGAACAAUUCCACGCAAAUGAACUUCAUUUGCCUUCAACAUCGUAUGUUGCUGAGCUAUAUACAAUGUUGAAUCAAUAUUUUACGAAACAUGGGAUCGAGGCUACUGCAAUUUUGAAAAAUAUAGCAAUGCUUUCUAAAGGCUUCCUAAGGUAGCAUGGUCACUGCCCCAAGAUCUUAGUGCACUAUAUACAGCUAUUUCGAGAAAGGUCGGAAAAUUGCACGCGACAGUCCCGAAAGGUAUUGUGGGUGGUUUUGAGCUCACUGUUCUUCAGAGAAAUUUGAAAGAAGUGGCACAGAAGGCCAUGGAAAUGUGUUUGUACGUGCUAAAGGAAAGCAACAGAAGUAGCUUCGACAGCUGCAGUGGCCAGGAAUAGUGUAUCAGUAGUAUCCCAUAUUACCUUUCGGGAUUGUCGCGUGCACAUUUUAUCCAACAACCUUUCUCAAAAUAGCUGUAACCCUCUCUGUACACUGACUAAGUCACAGACCUGUAAGAUUUAAUUUUCUUUGUAUCCCAGUUAGCUAAACCUAGAGAAUUAUUUAUUUUGUUUAAUUAUUUAUUUAUUUAUUGCUUAUUCUUGUCUCUUCGCUUUUUUGCUAGCUGCUGACUGCCCUGAGCCCUCAGUCCCAUCCAAUGGUCAACUGAUUGGACUCCAGCGGAAAAAUGGUGACACGAUUCGAUAUGAAUGUGAUGUUGGUUACAAGUUGGUUGGGCAGUCUUAUGCAAUUUGUGAGAGUGGGGCCUGGAACUCGCCAACCCCUUCUUGUACCCGUAAGUAAAAGCUCUCAUUAGAGAGCUUAAACAAAGGCGUCUUUGAGCGACACACGUCAGUCAGAAGGCACUUUUCUUUUUUAUAUGCCUUGAUGCCUACAAAUGUAAAUUGCUAAGUAGCUUGUAGAGACGAUUCCCAUCCCCCCCCCCUCCUCACCCCCUCAUAUCAAAAACUUCUGCCCAAGAAUGCAAAAAGUUCACCUGCGUCACUCACGUCACAUCAGUUUUUUAUUUUCAUUGUUUUCGGAUUUGAAUUCAUUUGAUAACACGGUACCUAUGUUGCUGUACAUUGUCAAAAAUGUACCACUGUUCUGAUAAUGUGUUCGUCUAUUUCAAUUCUUAAUUGAUACUUUGAAAAGCCUGCUUGAAGCCACUAAGCAACUAGGGGUAGGGUACCGUAAAAUUCCGAAAAUAGGCCCCUCCAAAUAUAACCCCCCAAACUCGUAACGCAAAAAAAACUCUCCGUUAAAUCGCCCUUCCAAACAUAAGCUUGUACUUGGAAAAUUGCCCUCAAAUACAAAGUAAAACAAAGCAAAAACGGUAAAUUUACUUCCAACUAUAAGGCUAGCCCAAUCGAUUUCGAAACGCAAAUUUCCCUCCGUAUAUAAGCCCCUCUAAAAAUAAACCCCUCAAAAAGGGCCUUUGAAAAAUAUAAGCCACGGGGCUUAUUUUCGGAAUUUUACGGUAUAUAAAACGACAAGCAACUUGAAGACGGUUUUUUCCUUGUUUUAAGAUGUUGUAAGGAGAAAAGUGGCGACCGUGGAAAACGUAAUGAAAUUAAUAAUCCAUCUCAACUACUCUCAGGCCCUUGAUGAUUGCCUAGGGAAAAAAGUAGAUGUCUUAAUGGCUUACUGAAAUGUGUUUUAUUUUUUAUUUUUUUUUUUUCUAGUGGUAAAUUGCGGUGCCCCUCCAGCAGUACCUAACGGCAUAAUCCACGGUACAGACUACUCUUACAACGCCAAGGUAACCUAUUCUUGUGUUGCCUCAAACUUUAAGUUGUCAGGUUCACAGGAGAGAACUUGUCAGGGAGAUGGGUUAUGGAGUGGAACACAACCUGCUUGUCUGGGUAAGUUCUAAGUGCUUGUAUAAAGUUGAUCUACUCACCAAUAAACAUUUUGCCGAAAAGCAUCGUUUAAAAAAGCUGUUCGAACCACUGUCUGAGAAACUGUCAAAAAAACAGCGAACACUGCCCAACAAAUUGUUCACAAGUCUAUUACUAAUCUAUCUUUGCUUUUCAGAAGCAUGCAUGAAACCCACCCACACUUUGGGAGUUCGGGGGUGGGCAGCAAACGAAAUUUUCGUUCUUCAACUUUACCCGCUUCUUUCGCAUUUCUUGAACCCUUUAUUAUUGUUAUUAUUAUUAUUAUUAUUAUUAUUAUUAUUAUUAUUGUUAUUAUUAUUAUUAUUGUUAUUAUUAUUAUUAUUAUUAUUAUUAUUAUUUUUAUUAUUAUUAUUAUUAUUAUUAUUUUUGCCGGGCAUUUGCUAGGCGUCCUGACUUCGGUGAGAACUGUUUUCACACAGCUACUGACUUUUAGCAAUCACAGUGGAUCAAGAUUUUCAUUGGAUUAUACUCCAUCAAAGAGGCAUGAUUUGUUUGGCCAUUUAAUCUCGAUGUAAUUGAACCGAAAUCAUUUUGGUAUGGUUUGAAUGUCUUCUUUCUCCUGCAAAAGUCAGGUGGUUAAAUUACUGCUAUUCACGUUUGAGAGUUGUAUGCCCCAUUCUUCAGUUUGAUUGUCCUACCUUUUUUUCGUACCAUAAUAUAUGCAACCUACCUAACGGUUGUUUUUGAAUUUUUCGUAUAGAUUAGUGACAAACAAGGCAGCUGUAAAAUCUACAUGAGUUCUCAAAAAGUAAUAUUUUGAAUCUUGUUUGUCCCUUUUAUUGGCAGAGAACUCCUGCGGUAACCCUGGUACACCUACCGACGGAAAGAAGACUGGCGAGAACUAUCAAUAUGGUGACGUAGUUACCUUUACAUGCAAUGAAGGUUACAAUCUUGUUGGAUCCAGCUCCAGAACAUGUAAAACAGACAAUAACUGGGAUGGAACACAACCAACCUGCCAAAGUACGUAUAUUUCAUUGACUGAAGUAGUUUUUGCAUUAAGUUUAGACAGAUAAGAAUCUGCAUGUGCUGUAAACCUUAGUACGUGUAAGUGGCCCAGGAACCUCUAGAAAAAUGAGUGGGACUGAGACGAAUAUGAAGUGGAAAGCUUUAUGUAGGUUAAGUAUGUUAAACAAGUCAAUAUUAAGAAUGGAACAUACAUGAGUGCUUUUACAAACGACACCAGUAGCACCCACAUUUCCUGGAUCGCGUACUGAUUCUUUUGUAGGAUUAAGAAGUGAGCGUAAUUGUAAAAACUGUCGAAUUCUUGAAAAAGGUGUGACUGAUCUUCUGUAAGCCGUCGAAAUUCGCUCGUCUUUCUCGAGCUCACAGAAUUACUUCCGGAUUUAUUAGCAAAAUUCGUCGUAAACUGUCAAUAAAGCCGAAUUGGCUUACCUUGCGGCAAGAGCUAUUCAUUUCUCGGUAACUCUCAAACACAUUGAUAAUUUCAUUUCUUUUUGCAGCUUGUGGCGUGAUGCCUUAAAAACAACAAGAUUUCAUGUAAUGAAAUACAAAUCACCGAUCAGUGCCCGUCAACCGGCCAAAGUGAUAUUAGAAAUUUUUUCUUUGCUAUCAUUUUGUAGUUAUCAAUUGCGGUGACCCUGGUACUCCUGCCAAUGGAGAGAGAGUAGGAUCUGAAUUUACCUACGGCAAGACUAUAAUUUACGACUGCGACCCAGGCUACCAGCUGUCGGGUUCCAGAACUCGAACAUGUCAGCUAGAUGGAUCAUGGUCUGGUUCAGUUGUCUCUUGUACUGGUAAGUCAAUUGCGUAGGAACUGAAGCAUUCCCUUUUAAAGAGAUACUCAAUUCUUUCAACGUCAAUGACAUACGUUUUAGGAAUGUUGAUCAACGAGUAUUGGAGCUCUAAUUGUCCAAACAGUCAGAACUUAUUGAACGGAAUAUAGCCUAUUUGAACGUUCAAGGCGGCAUGCACUUUUCAAUUUUGUUAAACAGAGCUGCCAAAUUUGUAUAUCUUUUCUAUUAUUGUUUUAUUUUAUAUAUUUUUAUGUAUCAGUUGCCAUGAUCAUCGCACUCUUCUUUAUAUCAAUAAUGCCAGUCUUUGAAUGUUGGGAUCACUUAAUGCAAAAUGUAAGGCCAUCCCAGCAACAAAAUACGUUUUCUAUCUUCUGAAGACCGAUUAAUUUUUUUUCCCUUGGACACCGCUAAUAGAACUAAUUUCAAUGGCUUCCGUUUUACUGUCCCUUGAGCAACACAUCAUAGCAUCGCUGCUUACUCUUUAAUCCUUGUGAUCUUACUUUUUCAAAAAAUAAAUUACUACGCAGUUGCGUCCUGCGGUGCCAGCCUUGUUGGUCCUUCUGGAAGCUUUGGCUCACCAAACAACCCCAACAGUUAUCCAGACAAUGCUUACUGUCGUUGGAAGAUAAGCGUACCUGCUGACAAGAAAGUCUUGGUAACGUUCAAUUCAUUCAAGACGCAGAAGGGUAACGAUGUGGUCGAGAUUUACGACGGUUCAUCGAAACAACUUAUAACAACGCUCUCUGGAGUUUACAGCAGUGCUGUGGCAUUUGCAUCUGAGAGCAAUUCUAUCGACAUACGGUUUAUCUCCGACUCUAGUGAAAACUCUGAGGGAUUUUCCGCUUCUUACCAGCAAGUCAGUAAGUAAAAAUCAUAUUCCGAUUGACAGUUCUCACAAAAGUACUUAGAGUUUGAAAGGGGAGGUCCUCAACCCGCAUUCUUGCUUCUUUUUACGAGAAUUCCUCGUCCCGAACUACCGUCGUUGGCUUGCAAUCGUUUCUCUUUCUCAAUCCUGCAUCCUGUGCGCAGAUUUUGGUGAAUUCCGCUUCUCGGGUUGCAGCCAAAUCCCUUAUACCGUGCGUUAACGUUUUCCGAAUCCUGCAUUGUAUUUUGGUCACAUCCCGUAUCCCGCUAAUACCUUUCCAGACCCGGGGUACUUUUAGUGACUUUCAGAUGCCAUGAAAAUCCAAGUAGAACCAACUGUAUGUUAACCCAUGAUCUUGAUGGUAACUUUAAACGUGUAAAAUCAUAUAGCCAUGCGUACGUUUAUUUUCUUUUUGCCAAAAAUUCAUUGCUAGGAUAUCCAGGUGAGUAAUAUUUUAAAUAGUAUAUUUUAUUUCUUACCACGUUGAAUCAUAGUUAGUAGAGGAGACUGGUUAUGAAAGCCGACAAACGUCAAAGUUGAAAACAAUGGUGCUGUUGUUUACGUUUGAAGCUCGCUGGCCGUACACAAUCCUUUGUUUUUUGUUCACAAGUUGUAACUGAAUAAAUUAAUGCGAUGUCUAUUGGUCAGUAAAUUCAAAAUAUAGGAAUGCUAUUGAACGUUGCGCACGGUCAGGUCCAAAAAAGCUAAACAAAGGAGUUUCAUUACCAUUCCCCUUUAAUAACCAUGGUUGAAUAUGAAAUUGGAAAGGAGUUUUUGAAUCGACAAGAAGCUAAUAUAUUUUCCACCACAAUUGUGUUGAAAACAACUGUUUCUCUGUUCUCUUAUUUUCUUGCCAUGAGCCAAUUCAUUUUGAAAAUGUAAAACUGUAUGAUCUGAGUUGGUUUGGCUCAGCUGAUUCCGUUAUUGUUGGGCCUUUGUAGUACUGCUGGCAUUCUAGGUCUGUUCUGUUCUAAAAACUUGCAAUUCAAGGUACAGGAAUGUGGAUCUCACGGGCGGUGCUCUAGAACGUUUUAAAAGACCAUACCUUACCUUUGCCAUUCUAACUUAUGACAGCCCUUCUUUGGCAGGCAUAAUUAUAUUUUGCAAAUCAUGAAUCACGCUGGGAAAAAAAAGUGUUAAAAAUCGGCCACAAAUUUUUCCAAACUAUUCUUUUAAAAUAUGCAUGGAAUAUUACCAAUAUCUCUUAAAAUUAAUUAUAGAAGGCAAUGAGUUGAAACUUCGCGUUUCUCAAGUUAUUGUUUCAAAUUCUUCAUUUUUUGGAUUAGUACUGUGCAUCACCAAAAAGCCCAUUUUGUGACGUCAUCAGUUGUAACGUCACAAAAAUGAAGUUUGAGAAUUCAAAUCGGACAAGUUUUUCGAUUUUGUGUGUACUGUAUUUCUGCAUAGUAUCACAGUUUUAGGUUCCAAACUUUUGAGGGAGAAACUUUUGGGAGUUUUGAUUUUUUAAUUGGCCAUCAGAGAGUCACGUGACUGGUAACCAGAGGAACAGUUAAUUUUAAAUAUUCUGGAAUCAGGUAUUUUUGCUUGUAUCAAUUUCAGAAACAUGCCUUUAAAGGAAACAAAGCUAUAGCCCCAAGAAUUCCAAAAAUGUUUGUGCCCAUCACGCCCCCACGGAAUCUGUUGGCCGCUCAGCUUGAAAAAAAAACAGCGUGAAUUUGAUAUUUGUUAUUAUUUGCAGCGGAGUUUGCUUUGUAUGGAUAUCUUCUUGACUCUUUCCUAGCUCACAGUUCAAAAUGGCAGAUCUAAAAUCAACCUCGUUCCAAGGAUCUCUCUCUUAUCCGUUGAUUGUUGUUUCGCACCAUCAAUGGGAAUCUGAAUUCCGGGAAAAUACAGUUCAAAGGAUCCGGAAUCCCACUAAUGAUUGGAAUCCGGAAUCCAAGUUUCACUGUCUGAGAAUCUGGAAUCUAGUACCUGGAAUCCGAAAUCCACGGCGUGGAAUCCAGAAUGCAAGACUGUCUUGGAUUUUCCUUUCUUAGAGCGAGUCAUUAAUUGGUCUAAAUAUUCUCCUUUCCUUUCAGCGUGUGGUGGUUUAAUCACGGCACUCGAUGAAACCGUCAUGUCACCCAACUAUCCCAGCGAUUAUCCCAACAGUGUUACGUGUGUAUGGGCUAUUAAUCCUGGACAGGCCUUCCAGCUUGAGUUUGAACGGUUCCACACCGAGUCUGGAUACGAUCUGCUAAAGGGUUACUCGUCUCUUACGUCUUUUACCGGUAAGUACUGCUGUAAUCAUAUGGCAUGAGUUCAGAAAAUCAAUUAAGGAAUAAAGGAAUAGAAAAUGCUAUACCUCCGUCACGGACUACUGCGAUAUUUAAUGCUUUUAGUCACUUAAACAAAAUGCAUUUUUUCAUAGACCUCUACAUGAUACUGAAUUUGCCUUGAACACUAUUAUUAGAGUCAAAGUUAUCAGUAUUUAAAAAGAAGCGUAUUUUUGCGAAAAAUACAAUACAAUUAAAUUAACAAAAAACAGAACAAAAAAAGGAACUUCGUCGGUUGAUUAAUCGACCUUUCUAGACAAUCGCAAUCUUCGUGACAUCAGGGUAAAAAACCGUUUGUAUGACAUUUACGCAGGUAAGUUUAAAUACAUGUUGCUUAAAAUCAAGUACAACUUCUUAUCGAGUUCAAAAUAUAAGGCGCUUCUGAGAAUUGCAAAGUUGACGAAACAUGAACUGUGAGUUUAAUGAACGAAUUAGAGUUUUAACAUGACGUCAGGUCCGCAAUUUUGGUGUCCCAGAGCAGAUAAAGAACGGCCAUGUUGGUGACCAUGUGAAAUUUGUCCAUUUGGACUUGGAGUCAAACUUUUUUCAUGUGUAAAAACGUCCCUGUGUUCGGAUAAAUUAGUAAAGCUGUUGGCCACGUGUACGAAAACGGUUUACAAGGCUGAUCAUUUUUUUUAAAUUAAUUGUUUUAUGCAAGAUAAGCAUUUGAGAAUGAUUAAGCUGACUAUUUGGUAACAGCUUCAUUUGUGUUCAUUUUCGUUCCAUGUGAAAUCCACUCACUUUUUCAGUAUCCAUGCAAAUUUAUUGCAACUUUUGAAAGCGUUUACGUAAAGCUACGUGCUAAAAGACGCAACUAACAAUGUUGGGAUUUGUUGCGUCCGUGUUGGCAGUGUUGUGCAAACGGAAACAACAAGUACCAAUAAUGUUGGGACUUGCGGUGCAUGGUGGGAAGGAUACAACACAUAAGACUUUGGAGACCAUGUGUAAUGUGCGUAAGCGGCGCCAACAGUGUUGAAAGAGUUGUGCAAACGACCCAAAAUUGUUGCGCGCCACGCUUCGGCGAUCACGGAAAAAGAGAAAUGUUAGGAGUUGUUUGCUCAAGAGUUUGACCGCUUUCAAACUUUGCUCAACAAAUCCCAACAACACGCAACAGCGUGUGCAAACGGACGUAACUUCUAACAUCCAACAAUGUUUCGCCCGCUCGCACGAGGCUUAAGAAAUUAGUUCAAAUCCCAUAGGAUUUGCUCGGUACACCAACAUGGCCGCCGCUAAAUUGUUUUGGAACACCAAUAUGGCCGCCUUGACGUCAUGUGAAAAGGCUCCAUAACACCGGCCUUUUAAUCAAGUAGCUAGCGUCACGCUUUUUUAAUAUCCCCUCACGUCGUUAGUAAGCUCUUGUUUGACCACCCUUUAUCUACAACGCGCUUUAAAUUCUCUUAAACACAAAAGCGUGUAAUAUAAUUGCAAGAUGAUGGCUUAAAUAUCUCGCACUACUUACUAUAUUUAUCAGCUGUAACAACUACAACAACAACAACAACAACGACCACAAAAUAGCCAAUUCAAUGUGACCUAAUUCGGAGUGGUAUGAGCUGUAAUUGGGUCGCAGUCGGUUUGGAUUGUUUUCAUUGAUAGACAUUACUAGUACGGUUGCCUUGUUGCGUCAGUUAACUUGAUCGACUGGGCAAAGAAACUGGCACCACCCAUGCGAUAAAAUUUAGCAAGUCUUAACUAAUUCAGUUUUAAAGUGAGUUAAAAGUCAUAUCUUGUCCUCUACGUUUUACAGGUAGCGAUCUAAUCUUCGAUAUUGAUGGUGAAAGAUUCGCCCUCCAAGCAAUCCAGGCCCCCACUGGCGUGAUGUACCUCAAAUUUACAUCCAACAAUGCAGGGACCGCGCCUGGAUUUAAAGCAACCGUAAAGAAAUACCAAGUUAUCGUUGGAAAGAAGAAAUAGUUUCUCGCAGAGAAGGAAAUGGAAUGGAAUAUAACAUAUUAGUCUGGAGUAAUUUAAACUCGCCUUAGAAAACCUAAUAAAAUCUUAUGGUUAUAUAACGAUGUCUAUGGAGG